GUGGGCGGGGGCAAGUAUAUGCGAGGGAUCUAGAAGGACUGGGACUUCCUUUCAGUGAAUGUAGUUGUGGGGGUGGGUUAGUGCGGUUGAAGUGAUUUUUCGGUAGGUAAUAUUCCAACGACACGACGAGUUUUUAGAGUCCUUGAACUUGUAGAAGAAACUAGUGUGUUUGUGAGAUGAAUAAUUUUAUAAGAUAUUUCGUGGUGUAUCUUCUGCCAGUUCGGGAAUAGCCAGAAAAUUACCGAGGUUACGCAAGAGGUGGUCCAAAUAUAUCGAUCUCACCUGCAAGAACGUUUAUUAAGACUUAUAUUUUUACCGAUAUUGAUAUAUAAAGUAUCUUGAAUUUGUAUUUUGUGCUUUAUAAGUGAUGUGCUUCUAAUAGUUAAUUAAUGCGUUUAUGAUGUACGUUGUUGCAUGUCAUGUAAUAAGACAUACCUGAAAUCGUCCACAGGUAACGUGCAGACAUGUACCGAGCAAGGACAGUUCUGACAAAUUUAGUACCAUUAGCGUCUCUAAUUCCUCGUGCAGCACCAGAUAGAUUUGCAUCAUGGAUUUUAAAAUCAGAUCACAUUUUGUGUUCAAUAACUGGAACAGAUAUAAGACAUUACAGUUCAUCAGUAGCCACCGAACCCUUUCUAAAUGGCAGUUCAUCAGCAUAUGUGGAAGAAAUGUAUAAUGCCUGGUUGGCAGAUCCUAAAAGUGUUCAUGUGUCUUGGGAUUCCUUUUUUCGAAAUAGCAGUGCUGGUGCUGCUCCAGGCCAGGCCUAUCAAGCUCCUCCUUCACUUGCUGAGCCAGGUAGAAACCAGUUACCCAUUACCAGCCUUGCUCCAUUAUUGGGUGCUGCUGGAGCACCUGCACUGGGUGGCCAAGUAAAUGAAAAAGUCAUUGAUGACCAUUUGGCAGUGCAAGCCAUCAUUCGAUCCUAUCAGGCUCGAGGCCACUUGGUGUCUGAAUUGGAUCCUUUGGGCAUUAUGUAUGCAGAUCUACACAGCACAUUCUCAGAUCGCAAGGGGAAGCCUCAUGAAAUAGUGAUUCGGGGUCACCACAUUGCCAAGUUGGAUCCACUGGGAAUAUCAAGUGCAGAUUUGGAUGACAAGCAUCCACCUGAACUCUUGUACAGUCACUACUCCUUUGGCAAACGUCCAAGCACUACAUAUUCCCAGCAUCUUCAGCAGAAAGUGGCAUCGAUGAUGGAACAGGAGGGUGAUAUGGACCGUGUCUUCAAGUUACCUUCAACUACAUUCAUUGGUGGGAAGGAAAAGGCCCUAUCUUUACGAGAAAUUCUGUCCCGUUUGGAAAAUGCAUAUUGUCGACACAUUGGAGUGGAGUUUAUGUUCAUCAAUUCGCUGGAGCAGUGUAACUGGAUUAGACAAAAAUUGGAAACUCCUGGUGUUAUGGAAAUAUCAAGCGAAGAGAAACGACUCAUUCUUGCCCGUCUGACUCGAGCCACAGGAUUUGAAGCAUUCCUUGCAAGAAAAUGGUCAAGUGAGAAGCGAUUUGGUUUAGAGGGAUGUGAAAUUUUAAUUCCUGCCAUGAAGGCAGUAAUUGACAAAUCAACCGAAUUGGGUGUUGAAUCAAUUGUUAUGGGAAUGCCUCAUAGAGGUCGACUCAAUGUCCUGGCUAAUGUUUGCCGCAAGCCGCUUGAACAGAUAUUUACACAAUUUGCUGCUUUAGAAGCUGCUGAUGAUGGAUCUGGUGAUGUCAAGUAUCACUUGGGAACGUACAUUGAACGUCUGAAUCGUGUAACGAACAAAAAUAUUAGACUGGCAGUAGUUGCUAAUCCUUCACAUUUAGAAGCUGUUGAUCCUAUUGUGCAAGGCAAAACACGAGCUGAACAAUUUUAUAGAGGUGACGGAGAAGGAAAGAAGGUUAUGUCUUUGCUUCUGCAUGGUGAUGCAGCAUUCUGUGGCCAAGGAAUUGUGUAUGAAACUUUUCACUUGUCUGAUUUACCUGAUUACACCACUCAUGGAACUAUUCACAUUGUUGUAAAUAAUCAAAUUGGUUUCACGACUGAUCCUCGACAUUCAAGGUCUUCACCUUAUUGCACUGAUGUGGCUCGUGUGGUUAAUGCUCCGAUCUUCCAUGUGAACUCUGAUGAUCCAGAAGCAGUCAUGCACGUUUGUAAAAUUGCUGCUGAAUGGAGGGCUACCUUCCACAAAGAUGUUGUUAUUGAUAUUGUUAGUUAUCGUCGCAAUGGACAUAAUGAGAUUGAUGAACCAAUGUUUACACAGCCUCUAAUGUACCGUAAAAUUAAAACCACUCCUCAUGUUCUUGACAAAUAUUCAAAGAGACUGAUUGAAGAAGGAGUUGUAACUACUGAAGAAGUGAAGGAUGUACGAGACAAAUACGAAAAAAUUUGUGAAGAAUCCUAUUUAAAUGCUCGUAAAGAAACUCAUAUUAAGUAUAAAGAUUGGUUGGAUUCACCAUGGUCUGGUUUCUUUGAAGGCAAAGAUCCCUUGAAAGUGUCUCCAACAGGUGUGAAAGAAGAUACAUUGGUCCACAUUGGCAAGAGAAUGUCUUCACCACCUCCUAACGCAGCGGAAUUUGUCAUUCACAAAGGUAUUGAGCGUAUCUUGAGAUCACGCAUGGAAAUGGUAGAAUCACGUACUGUGGACUGGGCACUUGGUGAAGGCAUGGCUUUUGGAUCUUUACUGAAAGAAGGCAUCCAUGUGCGUCUUAGCGGUCAGGAUGUGGAAAGAGGAACGUUCAGCCAUCGGCAUCAUGUAUUGCAUCAUCAACUCGUGGAUAAGGCCACUUACAGACCAUUGUGCCAUCUGUAUCCUGACCAGGGUCCAUAUACAGUAUGCAACAGUUCUCUGUCAGAAUUUGGAGUUUUGGGUUUUGAAUUGGGUUAUUCUAUGACUAAUCCUAAUGCUCUGGUGUGCUGGGAAGCUCAGUUUGGCGACUUCAACAAUACUGCACAGUGUAUAAUUGAUCAAUUCAUUUCUUCUGGUCAGGCUAAAUGGGUGCGUCAGUCUGGCUUGGUAAUGUUGAAUCCUCAUGGCUUGGAAGGAAUGGGUCCUGAACAUUCUAGCGCUAGACUGGAAAGAUUUUUGCAAAUGUCGUCUGAUGAUCCUGAUUAUUUUCCUCCAGAAAGUGAAGAAUUUGCUGUUCGACAAUUGCAUGACAUCAAUUGGAUUGUUGCAAAUUGUUCUACACCAGCAAACUACUUUCACAUUUUAAGACGUCAGAUUGCUCUUCCUUUCCGCAAACCGCUAAUCCUGAUGACUCCAAAGUCUUUAUUGCGUCAUCCUGAAGCAAAGUCGAGCUUUGAUGAAAUGACUGAAAACACACAAUUCUUGAGGGUUAUCCCUGAUCAAGGUCCAGCAAGUCAGAAUCCAAGUAGUGUGAAAAAACUACUGUUCUGCACUGGAAAAGUUUAUUAUGAUCUGAAGAAAGCCCGUGAAGAGAGAAAAUUGGAAGGUGAUAUUGCCAUAUCAAGAGUGGAACAGAUUUCUCCUUUCCCUUAUGACCUGAUUAAGAAGGAGUGUGCGAAGUAUUCCAAUGCUUCAUUGGCUUGGGCCCAAGAAGAAGCAAAGAACCAAGGAUCAUGGACAUAUGUGCAGCCUCGAUUCCACACUGCAUUGAGUGGAUCUAGGGAUGUGAGACCUCCAAUACAACGGGAAGGCUUUUUUAAUAAGCUUUUUGGUGGAAAAUCUGAUGAUAAUGCUACCUCCCAACUUGAUUCUCCUAAUACCAAGCCCAGAAUAAUUAGCUAUGUUGGGAGACCUACCGCAGCAUCUCCUGCUACAGGAAGUAAGAUGCAACAUCUUAAAGAACUCAAUGCAUUACUGGAUGAUGCAUUAUCAUUGUAAGAUACUAUUUUGUAUGGUUUAAAGUUGUACAUGAAAUACUGUUUACUUUCAAAGAUUUUCGAUUAUAUUUACAAACUUUCAAGCUGGGCUUGAAAAUGGUUAUGUUCACCUACACCCACAGUAGUGUAUUAAAAUUGUAAAAAUAUCAUAAAUCCUAGUUUAUUACUGUAAGUUGUUGGCAAAGUUUUGUAUUUAAUUUACGAAAAAAUCGGAGCCUCACUUCCAGUCUCAUUUUGGUCCAUGGUAAAGAAAUUGUUUAGGGGGGGGAAAUUGGAAAACGUCAGUACCUAUAGCUAAAGUUAGAUCUGCUUGCAGUUGUUUUGUUGAUUAUUCUACAAGUCUAAAAUUGUGUUGUUUUUGCUGCAUAUUAUUUGCACAACUUUAUCAAUAUUAUCUACAUUUAGUAUUGGUAACUACACCAUAUGUACAUUAAAUCUAUUUAAAUCUAUUGUUGCUUUGUAAUUAUUGUAAAUAUUAGAAUGUUCUAUUAGUAUUGACCUAAAUGAUCACCUUUGUUAAUACUCAACUUGUUUUCUCUGAUAAAAUUUGCUACCCAGCUUUUGAAAUAGUUUGCUGACACAAUUUUGUCAUCAUUGCAACAACUUCGUUAUUUAAGCAAUAUAGUAUACCAAAACUUUUGUUCAUAUGUUUGGGUAGUUUUUGAGAAAUUAUUGAUUUGCUAGUUUCAAAAAUUAUGAUGUCAGCAGCACAAGAUGGAAAUAGUACAUAUGUGGAUUAACUUCUUAUUGGAUCUGCUGUGAAUGUUUGGGAAGCAUGACUCCUGAGGGUGGUAAUUUAUUUUUGAAAGAUGUGUGUAUGUGCUGUCAUUAAGAAGUAAAUAUUAAAAAAUUUUAAAAAGAA